AUGUUUUCUAUAAACCCUAAUUCUAUCUUCACCAAACCCUUAUCCACACCAUACCUACCACUUCCGGCCACCGUCCUCCGCCUCCAUGCUACCUCCGACAACCUUAACUUUCCAUCCAAUCUCUCCGCCGUAUCCAAUUCCUCUUCCGCUUCCGGAAACGACUUCGGCGGAGCUCCGACCGCCGUUGACAAAGAAAGAUGGUCACGUGACAGAGAGAGUUACUUGACUGACGAUGACGAUGCUUCGCCGUUACCUAUGACGUAUCCGAAUACUUCCCCGGUUUCGCCUGAUGUUAUCGAUAAACGGUUACGUUGCGAUCCUUUGAUUGAGGUGUUUGCUUGUUUGUGUUCAUUGCUUGUUAUUUUAUAG